AUGAAGCUGCCAGUAAGCGUUCCAUUGAACACAUACUUAGCAUAUAAACAAGAUAAAGAAGUGGAACCUCAGCGCAUUUUGAAAUCCGAAAACUUUGAUUGGGAUAUAAACCAUCCAAAAUCCCUUUCUUGCCUAUGCGUUGAAAAGUUAAGUGAGAAUUGGACUGGUUCAUCUAAAUUAAACCAACUACUAGCAAAAGAUCGCGAAUUAUUUCUACAAAUCUUGAACACCGACGUGCCGCUUCAACUUUUGGUGGAUAACAUAAAAAAUGAUAUUUUUUGGAAACGAUGUUACUUAUCUAAGUGGAAUGAUUCUUUGCUAUUGACCGAACAGAAACCUUGGAUCACCUUAUUCAUGGAGCGUUUUUAUGCAGAAGUAUUGCAAAAUAUGAAUCCAAAACAAUACGACCCAGAAAAAGUAAAUACUUUAGUUAAACUCUGUGGGCCUUAUAUACAAUCACUAAACAUUAAGAGCUUAAUACCUUCGGAUAUACCAGUUCAGAGAACUGUUUCACCAGAAAUGGAAAACCUCCUAACCAGCCGUCGACAAAAGGACCAAAAAACAGUUAAAAACCAAGGGCUAAAUAGAGAUCACAUCUCUUUACAUGCUGCUUUAGGUAGUCUAAGUAAUUUAACUGAACUUCAUAUAUCUUAUCAAUUAAGUUCUGUCGGCGUUGAAUACAGAAAAGAUCAGUUUCAGUUCACUAACAACGAUGCUAGAAAUUUAGCACAUGGCCUGGAAAAGUGUAGCCUUUUAAAAGUUCUUAGAAUAACAAGAAGUGACAUGGAUUGCCAAAGAGUAAAGUAUAUAUUACGUGGUUUAUCUGAUAACUCAAACUUGGAAACACUAGACUUCAGUCAUUGUAAGAUUGGAGAUGAAGGAGCAUUGUCCGUAGCCAAAUUUGUAUCGAAACAUGAUAAACUGAGAAACCUUGUCUUGGUCGACAAUGUUUUUGGUCCCAAUGGUAUUGAACAUAUAGCACACGUAUUGAACCAUACGAGUUGCGGUUUAAGAAGCUUGGAUUUGCGAUUGAACAAUAAACUUGGCUCUGACGGCGUUGCUCAUGCUGCGGUUGCAAUCGCACGAGGCUGCAACUUGACAUCUUUAAAUAUAUCUGGCUGUGGUAUAAAACCAGAUCCACUACAAAAGCCACCAGCGGGGGUUUGGUCAGCCUUAAAUGCUGAGAAUCCUCCAACUUGUGGUGAUUUAUUAGCACGAGCAAUCGGCUUGGUGAAAACCCCACUCAGGUCGUUGGAUAUAAGCGUAAAUAAUAUCGGAUCACCAAGUGAUAUAACGUUAUCGAAUGCAAUUUGUCUCAGUUAUUUGAUAGACAUAAACUUGAAAAGAUCGGGAAUGAGUUCGAUGGCAAUGGCCAUAGCUGAAUCUGCAGCUGCUGCACAAAGACUGAGGAGAGAGGCAGAAAAGGGAAUAAGAUUUAGAAGAAGCGCUGGUAGAGUUGUUCAAGCUAGACGAGUUGCUAAGGGCAUGAACAUAGAUGCAGAUCCAAUAUUGCUAGCUCAACAGCUAUCAGCGCGCCCAUCCAUUGUAUCUGUAACUUCGGAAGAAGGAACUUAUAACAUUUUUGCUCAGCCAUUAUCGACUGAUUUCGGCUUUGUACCAGCGCUUAAGAGUCCCUUACCAUCAUCUCGUACAUCAUCAAUAACCGGUGCAUCAACAUCAAGACGGUCAAGUCAUCAUGCUGUUUUGGAGCCGGUUAAAGAAGUUCGCCGUACUGCACUUGUGCGACGUCGUUCGGACGGUUCGCUUUUGGAGCCCCGAUAUGCAAAUACUGAACGUCAUAUAAAAAUAUAUAUCUCAAAUGAAGAUCAAUUUUAA